AAGUGCUGGACAAGUUGUAUAAAGCAAAUCCAUACACAAAAACCAUCUAACAAUGCUAAAUACCGAAAGACAAAUGGACAUUUUCAAGGUUCAGACUGAAUUAAAAGAUAAAGAAUAAAAGUGAGCCUUCAAGGAGGAUUUGAACAUAGCAAUAGAGGAGGAUAAUCAUAUAUGAAAAGGGAGACUAUUCCAAAGCCUGGGAGCAGCCACCGAGAAAGCCCGGUCACCCUUGGUUUUGGAACGUGAACGUGGUACUGAAAGGAGUAAUUGACUUGAUCGAAGAGAUCUUGGGGCAGUGUACAGAAGAAGUAAGGAAAUCACAUACUGUAUGUUCUGUGGAGCAAGCCCAUGCAAAGCUUUAAAAACAAAUAAUAAAAUUUUACACUCAGUGCAGAAAUUGCCUGCAGCCAGUGAAGAUAGGCAAGCACAGGAAUAAUGUGCUCACGCUUCCUAGUGCCAGUCAAAAGUCUGACCGCUGCAUUUUGCACCAUUUGCAGGUGAUCUAGAGCAGUCUUAGGCAACCCCAAAUAAAGGGAAUUAUAGUAGUCCAACUUUGAUGUUAUAAAUGCGUGGAUAACGGUUUCCACAACCUGCUUAGAUAGUAUCUUCUUGAUUUUAGCAAUUGAUCUCUACUGAAAGAAGCUGCUUUUGACAACAGCAUUAAUCUGCUUAUCAAAACACAAUGAAGGAUCUAGAAUAACACCAAGGUUUUUGAAGCAAUCAUGCACAUUGGAAGACAGCGUACCUAACUGAUUAACAAUACCAGCGGAUGAGACUGGUGGACCAAAGAUAAUUAUUUCAGUUUUAUCACUAUUCAGCUGCAAAAAAUUCAUGUCCAUCCAGCAUUUAAUGUCACCGCGACAAUCAAAUAGAUUUUGCACCGAACAGCUGUCGUUUGUACUAACAGGAAAAUAAAGUUGUGUGUCAUCAGCAUAACAAUGAUACGAUAAGUUAUGCUUCUGGAUAAUGUUGCCCAAGGGGAGCAUAUAUAGACACACGUUUGACAUUUGACACACGUCGUCACUUCCUGUUUUCGAAUUGUUUUGCCGGGAGUUUCUUGCCUGCGUCGGCGUCUUAACUAUACUGUUUCUUUCUUUUCUAAAUCAGUAAUUUUGCGCUAUCAUUUUCAUCUGUUGUAUUCUUCACGUUCUCUACCAUAUUUUCAUUUUUCUUUCUCUCGAAGAGCGCUUUUGUAUUUUGUCAAGACGGCGAGCGGAGCCCAUCCACACCGGAUCCACGCCGUCUACAAUAAUAUCAACAAAUCUUCGACUAAAGAAUCAGAUUGAUGACAUUCAGUCACAGCAAGAGGCAAAAGUGGAGAAGAGGAUCCUGGAGUACAUCAGCAUGGAAAAACUCGUGUACACCCAGGACCCCAUUUUCACCCAGAAGAUGGUUGACUUCAGGUUCGUGGAGCAAAGACAGGAGUACGAGACUGUGUGUUUAGAUACUGGAGAGAAUGCAACCUCUUCCAACAACUGUGCUGUCUUCAACAUCAGAAAGCUAACACCUGAGAAAUGGAUAAUCUACUAUGAGAUUGUCUACCAGCGUUUGGCAGAUUUUGUUCCCAUGUUGAUCCUGCUGUUUAUGCUGAAAGAAGCUGUCGUGAUGUUGCGGGCAGAAUCCAUGGACCUGUGUAAUGGGGCUGACGUGUCUAAACUGCUCAGUGAAGACUCUGAGUCAGGACGAAAGAGAACAGAGUUACUUCUUCAAUGUUUACCAUAUAAAUUAGGGGUACUCAACUAAAACUUGUAAAUGUCCAGCUACACAAAAUUCCUAUGUCCAAAUAAGCAACUAACAUGACUGAAUGACAACAGCAGUUACCUUUAAUGCUUAACCCUUAAUAAUUAGUUUAUGGCUAUAAGUAAGUCAUCAAUUUGAAGUGGUUAUUCUUUGUUUCAUAAUGGCACUUCAAUUCAAUUCAAUUUUAUUUAUAUAGCACUUUUAAAAAUGGACAUUGUUACAAAGCAGCUUUAUAGAUAUUUGAUAUACAGUCAUGAGGAAAAGAAAGUACACCCUCCUUCAAUUUUAUGUUUUUAUUAAUCAAGGCAUAAAUAACAAUUGUGUUUCGAGAUGUCCUUAUAAUCCUUCCCAGAUUGAUGAGCAGCAACAGUUGCUUUUCUGAGGUCAUGGCUGAUGUCCUUUCUUCUUGGCAGGAUGUAGACACACACGAGUGCUCCAGAACACCAAACUGCCUAAGUUCUCCAUCCACAUCCAUGAUAGAGGAGUGGCAUAUGGGUUCUGUGUUCUUUCAGUUUAUUCACAUCUUUUGUGAAAUCAAGUAGCUAUGAUGGAGUGUAAACAAGAUAGUUAUGAAGACAUUGCUUAUGCUGGUGAAAAGAUUAAGCCAAUGGAGGGGGUCUUCCAUAGCCAUUUAGAGGAGAGAGUUCGUCCUUAUAUUGAUCUGAUUGACUCUUUGAGGCUGAUUGGUGUUGAAGAAGAUUUGGCUUUGCCAACUAUAGCUGUAAUUGGAGAUCAGAGUUCUGGAAAAAGCUCUGUGCUGGAAGCACUAUCUGGAGUGGCAUUGCCCAGAGGGAGUGGUAUUGUGACAAGGUGUCCACUGGAGCUAAAGCUGAGGAAGAUUAAAUGUGGUAUUCAAUGGAAAGCCGUAAUAUCUUACAAAGAACAGUUCGUUGAGUUUGAUGACCCAACACUGGUUGAGGGUUACGUUGAGGCAGCCCAGAAUGAGCUGGCUGGAGAAGGCGUUGGAAUUUGUGAUGAACUCAUCACUCUGGAGAUCAUGGCUCCUGAUACAUGUGACCUCACACUGAUCGAUCUCCCUGGGAUUGCACGAGUUCCUGUAAAAGGUCAACCUGACGACAUUGGACAUAAAAUCAAAAAUCUCAUAUGGAAAUAUAUAGAGAAGGAUCAAACUAUAAAUUUGGUCGUAGUCCCAUGUAAUGUUGACAUUGCAACAACAGAAGCUCUGAAAAUGGCACAGGAAGUGGAUCCUGAAGGAAAAAGGACAUUGGCUAUUCUUACAAAGCCAGACCUUAUAGACAGGGGAACAGAGAAGAACAUAUUGGAUGUAAUCCAAAAUCAGGUCAUUCCCUUAAGCAAAGGAUAUAUCAUCGUCAAGUGCCGUGGCCAAAAGCAAAUUGAUGAUAAGAUCUCUCUGUCUGAGGCCACUCGAGUAGAGAGGGAAUUCUUCAGACAUCAUGAAUUCUUCAGUUGCCUGUUGUAUGAGGACAAAGCAACUAUUCAGUGUCUUUCCACCAAACUGACUCAAGACCUGGUUGAUCACAUCAAAAAAUCAUUACCUCUGAUCUCAGAGGAGAUGAAGAAGCAGCUGUGGAGCUUGAGGAAAGAGCUAAGUCAGUGUGAACCUGGCCCACCACUGGACCCAAAGAAGAGGAAAACUUUUUUUAUUGAUACCUUGUCAAAAUUUAACAAUAAGAUCAAUCGCUUGGCAUCUGGCGAAGUGGUCAACAAUGACAACUUGUUUGUACUGCUUCGGUCUGAAUUCAAAAAGUGGAAGGACCAUCUUGACAACACAAAGUCAUCAUUUCACAAAACGGUCCAGGACGUGGUGAAUGAAUAUGACCUGAUGCACAGAGGACGUGAGCUGCCUGGUUUCAGUGACUACAGGGUGUUUGAGAUGGUGGUGCAGAAGCUUGUGAUCCAGCUAACAGGACCAGCCAUUGACACACUUAGGGUCAUCAGAGACACCAUUCAGAAACAAUUUUCAGAUGUUUCCAAAACCUGCUUCCUCAACUACCCUUUCCUCCAGUGUGUUGCAACGAACAAGAUAGACAACAUUCAGUCAAAGCAGGAAGCCAAGGUGGAGCAGAGGAUCAUGGAGCAGUUUGAGAUGGAGCAACUGGUCUACACUCAAGAUGGCAUCUACUUCAAGACUUUGAAUGAGACUCACUCUGCUGAGGAACAAAAGGCUUCAGAAGACAACUUUGCUGGGUUUGACAACAGAAACAAAUAUCCUGAAAUGCUGCGGGCUUACUAUGAGAUCGUGGUGCAGCGCUUGGCUGACCAGGUUCCCAUGCUGAUCCGAUACUUCAUGCUUAAGGAAUCCGCUCAUCUGUUGUGCAGUGAGAUGCUGGGUUUAAUGGACGGUGCCAACGUGGCCGAUGCAUUGCGUGAAGAGUCGAAUGCCAGCAGACAUCGCAUUGACAUGCAGAACCGCAUGGACCGUCUUACCCUUGCUCAAGAGAAACUCAGCAACUUUGUUUGAAUCCAGUGAAAAUCCCAGAUCAGUAGCUAUAGAAAUACUCAAACCAGCCCGUCUGGCACCAACAAUCAUCCCACGGUCAAAGUCACAGAGAUCACAUUUUUUUCCCUAUUCUGAUGUGAACAUUACCUAAAGCUGCGGGCCCGUAUCUGCAUGAUUUUAUGCAUUGCACUGCUGCCACACAAUUGGCUGAUUAGAUUGCAUGAAUUAGUAGAUGUAUAGGUGAUCCUAAUAAAGUGCUCAGCGGUUGGAUAUGCGACAUGAAGGUUAUUAAAA